AUGAGUAAUCCUAAUCAAAAUAAAUGGAGAGGUGGUGGACAUUGGAAAAAAUAUAAAAGUAAAAAUAAUCAACAAAAAAAUACUAAAAAUAUUGAACCUGAUAUGAAUAUUAAUAAUGAAUAUUUUCAAGAGUGUCCAUUUCACGGAUGGCAGCUUUAUUUUCCAAAUGAAAAAUAUGAUGAAAAUAGUAUAGCCGUAAAAUGUAUUUUGGCUAGUGUAUCAUUUUUAAACACUCAUGAACAAAAUAUUUCUAUUGAACAACUUGUAGAAAAUAAAUCAUAUCUUUUAAAUGUAGAUUCUUUAAACCAAGAUGAAGAUUUCACCACAGUCUGGUCACAUUUUUGGGAUGAUUUAACAAACCGCCCAAAUUACACAUUGCAGUGUUUAGGACUUGCUAUUCAUCAGUAUGCAUUGGAAGAAUUAAAUAAAAAUAUUCGUGAUGACUGUACUAAGUUCAAAAAUUUGCCAAUUAUUCAUCCUAGAAUUAUAAAUUUUGGUCCAAUUUUUCAUUUGAAAAAUUUAAGAGCUGAUACAGAUGGAAAACUAAUUUUAGUUCAUGGAACUGUAAUAAAAGCCAGCAGUUUAAAAUUUCAAUGUUUGUGGUUGGGAUUUUCAUGCAAUACCUGUGGCUCAGUUCAAAAUAUCAAACAACCUGAUGGUAUAUUUUUAAAACCAAAACAAUGUAGCAAUGCGGCAUGCCGUAUACGUUCAUUUUCUAUUUGUAGAAAUUCACCUCUUACUCAAACUAUUAACUGUCAAACUAUUCGAGUUCAAGAAUUACAAAGCGAUGACCAGAGAGAGAGUGGUAGAGUACCCAGAACCGUUGAAUGUGAACUCACAAAUGAUUUGGUUUAUACUUGUAUACCUGGAGAUGUUGUUACUGUAACUGGUAUUGUGAAAAAGAAAUCAUGUAAUACUAGUAAACAAAAUGCUCAAAGUAAAGAAUCUAACAUUUUUAUGCAAUAUGUUGAAGUAAUAUCCAUACAAAACAAUAAAAACCAGUCUAAAGGAAAGGUUACUAGUACUGCAUUUAAAUUUACAAUGAGAGAUUAUUACUGUAUCCAAAAACUCCAUUCAAAACCAUAUCUCUUUGAACUUAUGGUAAACUCAUUAUGUCCAGGGAUUUAUGGUCAUGAAAUGGUGAAAGCUGGUAUGUUGCUUUCACUAUUUGGAGGAAGUAACUGUAAUUUCAAUCAAACACGUGGAGAUAUUCAUAUUUUAGUCAUUGGUGAUCCUGGUCUUGGAAAAUCACAAAUGCUUCAAUCUGUGUGCAACAUUUCACCACGGGGUGUGUUUGUUUGUGGAAGUACAUGUUCAUCAGCAGGACUAACAGUUAGUUUGACUCGAGAGAAAGGUAUUGAUUUUUCUUUAGAAGCUGGAGCUGUUGUUUUAGCUGAUCAAGGUGUGUGUUGUAUUGAUGAAUUCGAUAAAAUGACUCAAGAUCAUAAUACAUUACUAGAAGCUAUGGAACAACAAACAAUAAGCAUUGCAAAAGGUGGAGUUAUUUGUUCCUUACCUUGUCGUACCACUAUAAUGGCUGCUGCAAAUCCUAUUGGUGGACACUAUGACCGAGAUAAAAGCGUAUUAGAUAAUUUGAAAAUGAGUCAAGCAAUGUUAUCUCGUUUUGAUUUAAUUUUUCUACUUAUAGACACACCGGAUGAGUUGACUGAUAGACAUCUUACUGAACAUGUGCUUAAUAUACAUACAAAUAAGGUGAAUCAAACCCAGAAUAUAAACAGUUCUUGUGAAAUUCAUAGUUCGCUGAAAGAGCGAUUAUCACAAUUUAGUAAAAACAGUGACUAUAUUUCUCAAUCAGAAUUACGUAAAUAUAUUGCAUAUGCGAGAAAAUAUGUUUCGUCUCCAACACUGUCGAAUGAAGCCAAAGAAAUGUUACAACAGUUUUUUAUUGAACUACGAACUAACAAUUUAAGCUAUGGUAUUCCAAUAACUGUAAGACAAUUAGAGUCAUGUAUUAGACUUGCACAAGCACGUGCUAAAGUAGAACUUCGAGAAGAAGUGACUGCAAAAGAUGCAUAUGAAAUAAUUGAACUGCUUAAUUUUAGUCUUGUAAAAACUCAAUGCGAUGAAUUUAGCGGAUUUGGAUUCAAGAAAAGUGUGAAAAAAACAGGGAUUCGAGCACAAUCACGGAAAUUAUUAGCUGAGUUACAAAGACAUGGUAAAACAGAACGAAUGUUUAGUAUAGAUCAAAUGAAGUUAUUUUCAAAACAGUUAAACAUUGCCACUUUAGAUUUCUACAACAUUGUAGACUUAUUAAACAAUGAAGCAAUUAUAAUUAAAAAAGGAAACAAUAUGUAUGAGUUAAAAGUUUAAUAGAUAUUGAUAUUGGAAUAAGUUACGGCCUUUAUAUUUUCUAAUUAUUUAUAUAUUUUUUGUCUUAUUAUUAGCUUACUGCAAUUAAUUACUAUGUUUAGAUUAACAAAUUAAGUUAAAAUCUAAGAUAAGUAAAUUGUAUUAAAUAGUUUUUAUGUUAUUUUAAUUUAUAUUAUAUGCAAUGAAAUAUGUUAAUGGUUAUAGCACUUUCUGAAUCUGAAUUCUUGAUAAUAAAAAAUAAUGUAUUCAUCUUUAAACACUAUAUUUGCUGUUAGUACCUAUUUUAUGUUAAACAAUAUCUGUUUGGUUUUUAAUUUUUUUUAAUAUUUAAGUGUACAAUACAAUUUAAUUUUUAUCUAGUUGCUAUUAUGUUUUAAAUUUAAGGAUUAUUUCCAAUGUGUUCAAUAAAUAAAUUAAACUACAUAGCCACAUAGGUAUAAAUUAUUAGGGACAUUGGAUAGGGUGUACUCAUAUUAUUGUACUUGAAGAUACGGUAAAUUAGACUUAUAUUUAUUACCAUCGCAUUAUAAAUUAAUAUUCUUCAAACAAGAUAAUUUUUAAAUUACUAAUUAUGUUAAGUUGAAAUUAAAUUAUAUUGUAUAAUUGUUUUUCAAAUUUCAAUAUUAAUGUCUAUAAAAAAAAAUGGCGAUUGGUGCUAUAAUGCAAUAGACAAUGCAAUAAGUCUAAAUACUUAAUAUAAAACAACUGUUUUGAUGAAAUUUUUAUACUCUAGAUUUUUUAUUAAUUGUGUAGUAAUUAUCUAUCUGAAAUACUAAGAUGUACAAUUUGUAUUUAAUUUAUUAUCCAAUUGUAUGUUCAAUAGUUAAUGUAAAAUACAAUGACAUAACAAUUCUUAUGUUUACAUUUGCUAUAAUGUUAUAG